AUGUUUGUGUGCAGGCCGGCUGCCAUGGCGACCGAGUGCGCCAACAGAUCAGUCCCAUUCUGCCCGGUUACCGGAAGGGCCUGGGGACACAACACCGUUCCAACUGUCUGUCAUGACAAGCUCAGUUGGGAGGUGGCCCCGUCCAGAAGCAGACCGCAGACAGGAAGUUGCCUUUGUCUGUCACACUUUCGGGUGUACCCUUUGCAGUCCACUUGGCCCUCACUCUCUCCUCACUGCCUCGCGUCGCCACCAUCUGCUCUCUCUCUCUCUCUCACACACACUUUCUCCUUUCUCCUUCACUCCUUUCGUGCCCACAUUCGCAUGGCCCAUUCAACCUCUUCCUUCUCCUUCAUACUCCUUUCGCUUCUUGCACCCAUUCCUCUUUUACUUUUCCCCCUUCCUCUUACUCGCCCUCUCUUCUCUUUCCCGUUCGUCUCCUCCACCUUUUCUCGUCUCCCCUCCCACUUCGCUUUCCUUUGUUUUGUUUUCUUUUCUUUUCCUCCCAUUCUAUAUCUUCUUCUCCCUCUUUCUCGUCGCUUCGCUCUCCUUGCCCUUAGUAUCACCCUCUUCCGCUUUAUAUCCUUUCGUUCUCUAACACACACACACGCUCUCUCUCUCUCUCUCUCUCUCAUUUUUCCUUUUAUUCCCCAUCCCACUCCUCUCCCCGUUUCACUUUUCCAACCCUCGCCCCUCUUCCUUUGUUUCUUUUCCUCUACGACUCUGUUGGACUUCUUAUUAUUCGUCUUUUUCGGGCUGGAAAUCGCUGUUGCCAGACUUGCAACCGAUGGAACAAUGUUGGUUCUGAAUGGGACUGGGUUGGCCAAGAGUAAGGUGGGCUUUUGCGCCAAUUUGGGUGUGGUCGGACGCUUCUCCAGUGAUGAAGGGAGAAGGCGGAUUUAG